CAGAGUCGCCAACGGCGUCUCUAGGAAGCGGUCGCGCUGCGCGCGCAUCUCAUUGGUUCUGGAGAAGAUGGCGGCGCCGGAGCCGAGGCGUUAAGCGGGAGUGCUAUUGCGCAUUCCGCCCAAGCUCGGGGCACGGGCCGGGCAGGAGCCUGGACAUCCUCGGGAGUCACCAUGGACCUGGCUUACAUCUGCGAGUGGGAGAAGUGGCCCAAGACCACCCACUGCCCGUCCGUGCCCCUGGUCUGUGCCUGGUCCUGCCGUAACCUCAUUGCCUUCACUACAGACCUCCGGAACGAUGAUCAGGACCUGACCCGCCGGAUCCACAUCCUGGACACGGAGCACCCCUGGGAUGUGCACUCCAUUCCCUCAGAGCACCGCGAGACCGUCACCUGUCUUGAGUGGGACCAGUCAGGCUCCCGGCUCCUGUCAGCCGACGCCGACGGGCAGAUUAAGUGCUGGAGCAUGGCCGACCACCUCGCCAACAGCUGGGAGAGCCCCGCGGGCAGCCUGGUGGAGGGGGACCCCAUCGUGGCCCUGUCCUGGCUGCACAACGGGGUGAAGCUGGCUUUGCACGUGGAGAAGUCGGGCGCCUCCAGCUUCGGGGAGAAGUUCUCCCGCGUCAAGUUCUCGCCCUCCCUCACGCUGUUUGGCGGGAAGCCCAUGGAGGGCUGGAUUGCGGUGACGGUCAGUGGGCUGGUCACCGUGUCCCUGCUGAAGCCCAGCGGGCAGGUGCUGACGUCCACCGAGAGCCUGUGCCGGCUGCGGGGCCGCGUGGCCCUGGCCGACAUCGCCUUCACGGGUGGCGGCAACAUCGUGGUGGCCACGGCGGAUGGCAGCAGCGCGUCCCCCGUGCAGUUCUACAAGGUAUGCGUGAGCGUGGUCAGCGAGAAGUGCCGCAUCGACACCGAGAUCCUGCCCUCGCUCUUCAUGCGCUGCACCACGGACCUCAACCGCAAGGACAAGUUCCCCGCCAUCACCCACCUCAAGUUCCUAGCCCGGGACAUGUCAGAGCAGGUUCUCCUGUGCGCCUCCAGUCAGACGAGCAGCAUCGUGGAGUGCUGGUCCCUGCGGAAGGAGGGGCUCCCGGUGAACAACAUCUUCCAGCAGAUCUCCCCUGUGGUUGGUGAGAAGCAGCCCAUGAUUCUCAAAUGGCGGAUCCUGUCGGCCACCAAUGACCUGGAACGCGUGUCCGCCGUGGCGCUGCCCAAGCUGCCAAUCUCGCUCACCAACACGGACCUGAAGGUGGCCAACGACACCCAGUUCUUCCCCGGCCUCGGGCUGGCCCUGGCCUUCCACGACGGCAGCGUCCACAUCGUGCACCGGCUCUCGCUGCAGUCCAUGGCCGUCUUCUACAGCUCGGCCGCCCCGCGCCCCAUGGACGAGCCCGCCCUCAAGCGCCCACGCACUACGGGGCCAGCCGUGCACUUCAAGGCCAUGCAGCUCUCCUGGACCUCCCUGGCCCUCGUGGGCAUUGACAACCAUGGCAAGCUCAGUAUGCUGCGAAUCUCGCCUUCCAUGGGCCACGCACUGGACGUGAGCCUGGCACUGCGGCACCUGCUCUUCCUGCUGGAGUACUGCAUGGUGACGGGCUACGACUGGUGGGACAUCCUGUUGCACGUGCAGCCUGGCAUGGUGCAGAGCCUGGUGGAGCGGCUGCACGAGGAGUACACGCGCCAGAACGCCGCACUGCAGCAGGUCCUGUCCACCCGCAUCCUGGCCAUGAAGGCCUCCCUGUGCAAGCUGUCGCCCUGCACGGUGACGCGCGUGUGCGACUACCACGCCAAGCUCUUCCUCAUCGCCAUCAGCUCCACGCUCAAGUCACUGCUGCGCCCGCAUUUCCUCAACACGCCCGACAAGAGCCCCGGGGACCGCCUGACCGAGAUCUGCUCCAAGAUCACGGACGUCGACAUCGACAAGGUCAUGAUCAACCUGAAGACGGAGGAGUUCGUGCUGGACAUGAACACGCUGCAGGCGCUGCAGCAGCUGCUGCAGUGGGUGGGCGACAUCGUGCUCUACCUGCUGGCCAGCUUGCCCAAUCAGGGCUCCCCGCUGCGGCCUGGUCACAGCUUCCUGCGUGACGGCACCUCGUUGGGCAUGUUGCGGGAGCUCAUGGUUGUCAUCCGCAUCUGGGGGCUCCUGAAGCCCAGCUGCCUGCCCGUGUACACGGCCACCUCUGACACUCAGGACAGCAUGUCCCUGCUCUUCCGCCUGCUCACCAAGCUCUGGAUCUGCUGCCGUGACGAGGGCCCCAGCAGCGAGCCCGAUGAAGCACUUCUGGAUGAGUGUUGCCUGUUGCCUAGCCAGCUGCUCAUCCCCAACCUGGACUGGCUGCCCGUCAGCGAUGGUCUGGUCAGCCGCCUGCAGCCCAAGCAGCCCCUGCGGCUGCAGUUUGGCCGGGCGCCUGCUCUGCCCCGCGGCGCCGCUGCCCUGCAGCUGGAAGGCCUGGUCAGGGCUCCGGGCCAGCCCAAGAUCGACCACCUGCGGCGGCUGCACCUGGGGGCUCACCCCACAGAGGAGUGCAAGGCGUGCACCAGGUGUGGCUGCGUCACCAUGCUCCACUCCCCCAACAAGGCGACGGCGGUCAAGCAAUGGGAACAGCGCUGGAUCAAGAACUGCCUGUGUGGGGGGCUGUGGCGGCGCCUGCCCCUCAGCUGCCCCUGACCCGGGCGCUGGGCGUGGCUCUGCCCCGACGCG